UAUAAUCCAAUUUUAUUUAUUUAUUUUGCAGAUUAUGAAGAGCAAAUCUCAACACAAGCCAUGAUGUUCAAUGACACAACCUCUAACCCUGACCUAAUUAUGGUCGCAUUCAGAGGCACAGAGCCAUUCGAUGCGGAUAAAUGGCGGACAGAUGUCGACUUCUCAUGGUUUGACCUUCAUGAUGUGGGUAAGAUACACGGUGGCUUUAUGAAAGCUCUAGGCCUACAAAAGAAAACAGGCUGGCCCAAAGAGAUAGAUAUGGGCCCGGGCCAACCAUCAUUUGCAUACUACACAAUUAGACAAAAGCUCAAAGACAUAUUAAUGGACAAGAAAUAUGAGAAAACAAAGUUUAUAGUGACCGGACAUAGUUUGGGAGGGGCAUUAGCAAUUCUGUUUGUGGCAGUGCUAGUGUUACAUGAGGAGGCAUGGUUGUUGGAGAGGUUGGAUGGGGUGUACACUUUUGGGCAGCCUAGGGUUGGGGAUGAACAAUUUGGAGAGUUCAUGAAGGAGAAAUUGAGGGUUUAUGAUGUGAAAUAUUUGAGGUAUGUUUAUUGCAAUGAUAUGGUGCCUAGAUUACCAUAUGACAACAACAUUUUCUUGUAUAAGCACUUUGGGCCUUGUCUAUACUUUACCAGCUGCUAUAAAGGCAAGGUUAACCUGAAAAUGCCAUACACUCAGUUGGAGUUUCCUCAACUAUUUGACAAUCUCAACAACAUCAAGAAGUACAAUUGGGUUGAGGCAAUAAAAGACACAUUGAUGAAUUCAAUGACAAAUGCAAACAACAACCCAAGACAUGUCACUGUAUGCGUCAUUACUGGUACUGUGAGCACAGUAAACUCCUCCAACCAUCCAACAAAGAAGGCUUCCCAAGGUUAUGUCCAAGCACAAACACCAACCAAAGUGGACGACAAGGACAAACUCAUAUCAGCCAUGAGAGCACAAAUGCAAAAUAUGGAACAAAAAUUCAUGGCUGAAUUGCGUAAAAAAGAAGAUCAAUUGAAGGAAAUGUCCACCAAAUAA